AUGGCUGUCGCGGAAAAUGUUGGUGUGAAGGUGGACUCUUCUAAUAAUCAGAAUAUAGACAACAACACUACUUCAUUAGUAGAGACAAAACCAUCAUGUUCUGAUGAUCAGACACCUAAAUCCAAAUCCUCUGUUCUAACAAACGAAUUGAUCCAAAGAACCAGUGAAGUGAAUCUCAAGAGUGAGAUAAGUCAUUUGAAUCCGAUGGCUAAGGAAUUUGUCCCUUCUUUUCUGGCUCAAACCCACCACUCUGAGUUUUGGGGAAAUAGAUUCUGGUUUACUAACCAUUUUCCAAAGCAAACUAUUUUUCUUAUUGGCCAGUUUGCUACAAUGAGAAGGAACUUUGGCAAAGGGAGGCCAUGGAUAACCAAAAAAACAAACUUGGUUCAGAAUGAAGAUAUGAUCAAGAGAACUGUAUAUGUCUCAGACAUCGAUAACCAAGUUACUGAGGAGCAGCUUGCAAGUCUCUUUCUUUCUUGUGGCCAGGUUGUUGAUUGCCGUAUGUGCGGUGACUAUAAGUCCAUUCUUCGUUUCGCCUUCAUUGAGUUCACCGAUGCAGAGGGAGCUAGGUCUGCUUUACGAAAAUCCGGUACUAUGUUUGGUUCUCAUCCUAUUAGGGUUUUUAUGUCCAAAACAGCUAUUGCGCCUGUUAACCCGUCUUUCCUUCCACAAUCCAAGGACGAGCUAGAGAAGUGUGGAAAGACUGUUUAUUGUACCAACAUUGACAAGGAGGUCACUAAGAUGGAGUUGGAAAAUUUCUUUAAAACAGUUUGUGGGGAGGUUCACCAUCUGAGGUUGCUUGGAGACUUUUACCACCAAACCCGCAUUGCUUUUGUCGAAUUUAAGCUGGCAGAAAGUGCAAUUUCUGCUCUUAAUUGCAGUGGUGUUGUCUUGGGAGAGCUCCCAAUAAGGGUAAGCCCGUCAAAGACGCCAGUGAGGCUACACCACUCUGAUUUAAACUAA